AUGGCUGCAGCGCGCUCGCCCACGCUGCGCAGCCUGGUGCGCACAGACGCCCCUGCGGCCCUCCUCGACUCCGACGGCCGCUUCCUCGUCGUCGCGACAACAGAACCAGGCUGCACGGUCGUGCGGAUCGACGAGGACGGCCCGGGAAGCACCAGCCAGCCCCUCCGCCUCUCCACGCACCUCCAGCGCCGCGCCCCGACCGCAAUCUGUCUCGGGACGUACUCCGAGUCCCCGGACGACCUCCCGUCCACGCGGCUCGCCGUCGCGUCGAAGGAUGCCGUCGUUUUGUGGGACCUGGAGGAUGCACACCGGUCGUCAGCGGCCGGCGAGCCCCUCCUGGAGCCGCUCGAGCUCUUGACGGGCCAGGGCCACGUCGACACGGUCGCGCUCGCGCCCGGGUGCGCCACGGCCGCGGUCUGCACGGGCUCGACGGCCAGGAUCAUCGACGUCGCCAGCGUUCGAGUUAUCUAUAUCCUCGAGGGGCACCGCGGCCCUAUAACUGCCGCGGGCUUCUCCCCGACGGACCCGUCGCUCCUCCUCACCGCCUCCGAGGACCGCACCGUCCACGCGUGGUCCCUAGCGAGGGGGGAGUGUACGUUGCGCUCCCCCGUGCUCAGCGCCGCGACGCCCACCGCGCUGGCCGUGGACCCGGGCUUCCCGCGCGCGUCCGUCGGGUUCUCGGACGGCACCGUGCGAUGCGUGGACCUCUCGUGCAUGCCGGGCUUCCGGGAGCUCCAGGGCAUCGACUUGGGGCGUGCCGUGGUGCGUGAAGCGACGUCGCGCGCCGAGGAGGCAGGCGGGGGGGUGACGUCGCCGUCGGGGGAGUUCCGGGGGCCGCGCGUGAUCAGCAGCACGCCGGGCGGCGCGGGCGGCGCGGGUGGGGGGGCACGGGGGGGGGAUGUGUUGGUGUCAGGGUUGGGGGGGUUGGCGGUCUCGGACGAGCACCAGCAGGCCGCGCACCACGGUAUGGGCAUCGUGCAUCUCUGCUACGGCCGCGAGGCCAGCGAGGGCGCGAACGGCGACGCGUACGCGGCGCCAGACGACUCCCUCGGGGGACUUUUAGCAAGGCCCCCCCCUCUGGGCGUGGCGUCGCUCGGCUGCCUCGCGGUCCUCGACGGCGCCACGUUCGACGUCCUCUCGCUCGCGCCGAUGCUCGCCAGCUCCGUCGAGGGCCGCAGCGCGCCCCUGAUAUCCGCAAUUGGCGGCGCUGCGGGCGCGUGCGCUGUCUUCCCUGACGCCCGUGGCGGCGUCGGCUUCGCGGUCGGAGGCUCCUUCACGCCCGUCGUAGCCCUGGGUGCGCUGGACGCGCACCGGGAGUCGACCAGCGCGGGCCCCGGCGACCUGGGCCCGCGCAACGGCCUGGCGUCACCCCCGGGGAGCGGGGAGCCGCUUUCGGUGUUCGCGCGGCAGCCGCUGCCGCCGACGUCGCCGAUAUACUUCGUGGAGAGCGCGAAGCCGCCGCCGGCGCGGUCUGCGAGCGAGCGGAAGCCCGCGGGGGCAGCUGCGAGGCGCGGUCUCCAGAAAACCAACAGCGACAAACCGGUGACGUUCCACACGUCAAUCAAGUCCUCCGGCUACGGGAUGUUGUACCCGAAGAACGUGAUCGGGCAGCGACCGAACGCGCCGAUCAAGAACCCCACGGCCCCGCGCUCCCGCGCCCCAGGUACCGCGGCGCUCUCGAAGCAGUAUCCGGUCGCGUGCGGGCCGCUCACGCACCUGCAGGAGCGCAACUGCAUGCCCCGCAGGGAGCCUGCGCACCGCGGUCCGAUCGUGCGGCUCGACUUCAGCCCCGACGGCUCGCGGCUGGCCACGGCGAGCAUCGACCGCACAGCGCGCGCCCUGCGGCUGCCCGUGAGCAAGCACCGCGGGGACGGCUCGAACUUCAUGGGGCACGACGCGCCGCUGACGGACGUGUCGUGGGCGCAGAGCGGCACGAUGCUGCUCACGGCGUCCGUCGACCGCACCGCGCGCGUGUGGCAGCUGGGCAAAUCCGAUCCGGUGCUGAUUCUGUCGCACGUGGGCAGGGAGGCGCCCACGGGCGGCGCGGGCACGCACCGCGAGGCGCACGAGAACCCGCGCUUCCUGCACGAGGUCAGGGCGGCGCGGUUCCUGCACAUGGACCGCAUCAUCGCGCUCGCGUGCGGGAACAAGCUGCACCUGUACAGAUACGAGAUCGGCGCGGAGAAGGCUGCGAACGACCUGGACCGCCUGCGCGCAAGCAACCGCUACCGGCAGCUCGCCGCGCUCCCGACCGCCGCGCAGGCCAUCACCGCGCUCACCGCCGCGAACCGCGUCCUCUCGCACCUCGUCCUCGCCGCCACCUCCAACCGCGCCGUCGAGGUCAUCGACCUCGCCGCCGGACGCACUGCGCGCACCCUCCCUGAUGCGCACGCCCGGCCCGUGCACACCCUCGCGCUGAACGACGUCUCGCCGUACGCGCAGCACGCCGCGGAAGCCCACGAACUCUUCAUCACCGCCGCCGCGGACGGCCUCGUCAAGCUCUGGGACCUACGCUCGCAGCGCUGCGCGCGAGUUUUCUCGGGGCACGCGAACCGGCAGCAGCCCGUGGGCGCGUCGCUGAGCCCGUGCAUGCGCUGGCUCGCCGCGGGGUCCGAGGACCGGGCAGCGGUGAUGUGGGACCUGGGGUCAGGAAUGAUUGUGCACCGUGCGCGCGGGCACCCAGACGUGGUGUCUGACGUAGCGUGGCACCCGCUGCACCCGCAGCUAGCGACGGCGUGCAGCGACGGCCACGUGCGGUUCUUCUCCGAGGAGGCCGGGUGA